AUUUUUAUCCAGUAAAUAUUAUUAAUACUGUAGUAUCACAAGAGUGGUUUUUGUUUUUCUUUUUAAAACGAAAAAUUGGAAAAAAAGGAGAAAAACCAACGGUUUAUAUAUCUUUUUUUUAACUGACAGUAAUUUCCACAAAAAUAGAAAAAAGAGGGAAAAAGAAAUCAAGGGGAGAUAUUGAUUUAGUUAUUACUAUUGCUACUUUCAUAGGCCUAUGUUUAUAAGGAUGAUACGACGCCCAACUACUAAGUCUUAAACGUUUCUACUACGGAGUACAUCCAACUUCACCACCGCGAUCCGCCACGAUCCGUUGCCGCCGACCACUUUUCUCCGCCCUUGUGCCUCCGGAUUCGCGUGGGGGAAGACCCAUCUCUCCAAUCACCAGAAUUUGAUACUGUUAACGUCCGUUGAAGCUGAAGGUUAUUGGAUCUGUGGUGGAAGUUAUAGGUGUAGUUAAUUCACAAUCUUAGUUUUGGAUUAUCCUUUUACCUUAGUGAAACAAAAGCAAUGGCUUUUCCAGGAGGGCCCAGGCCUGGCAACAUGCCACCGAAUUAUAACCCUAAUGUAUUAGCCAAUAAUAUGCAAAAUCUACAAUUAAAUAGGCCAAAUCAACCUCCAAGUGGUGGGAAUCUUAAUCCGAAUGCCCCUAGGCAAACUACACCAUUCAGCCAACAGCCACCAACUGUCCCAGGGGCCAACCCAGUACCCCGUCCUGGUCCUCCACCAAUUGGUGCAUUUCCGAGGGGUCCUGUGCCGCCUAGUGGUCCCCCCCAAUCGUCAUAUCCUUCUAAUCUGGCUGCUGGUAGACCCACUGGCCCCCCUCCAAUGACUCAAGCUCCUCCACCAUUCCCAUCUAGACCUCCACCUCCUGGGGUUACUCCUUCAGUUGCUGGGUCUACCCUGGCUCCACCUCGACCAACUGCUCCCUCGUUAGCUGGCUCAGCUGUGCCCCCGCCUCCAGGUGCUGCUCCAGCUUCUGGUUUUGGUCCUCGUCCUGGACCUGCCCCAUCAGGUCCUGCUUUUCCACCUUCCGACACCUCUGGUGCGACUAGCAAUGGACCUCCUGCAUUUGGAUCGGGACCCAUGCAAGUUGGAGCUCCGGGUCCAAGUUCUGGCAUUGCACCACGAUUUCCUCCAGCAGGUGGUCCACCUCGAUCAAUGGCACCCCCAGGAACUCCUUUUCACCCCACAAGCAUGCGUUCACCUUUUGGAAGUCCACCUGCUACUGCAGUACCUAGUCCAGCGCUACCAACCCCACCAUUUUCGGUACCUCCAGGCACCUCACCUUUUGCGGCUCCAGUUCAAGGCGUACAUACACCUUCUGGCCCUCCAUAUGCUACACAGCCAUGGCAAAUCCAACCUCCUGGGCGGAUGGCUCCGCCUCCUCCCAUUUCUGGUCCAGGGCAACCACCUCGAAUGUAUAUGCCUCCUCCAGGUCUGGGCCAGCCAAUGACUUCUAUGACUUCUGGAGCUGGUAUGGCUGGAUCAUCCAAGAUUGAUCCAAACCAAAUUCCCCGUCCUAUACCUGGUUCUUCUGUAAUUCUGCAUGAAACUCGCCAAGGAAACCAAGCGAACUUCCCCCCGCCUGCAACAAGUGACUAUAUUGUUAGGGACACCGGCAAUUGUAGUCCACGCUACAUGAGAUGCACUAUAAACCAGGUCCCUUGCACUGUUGACCUUUUGAAUACAUCUGCAAUGCAGAUGGCUUUGCUAGUUCAGCCCUUGGCUCUCCCGCAUCCAUCCGAGGAACCUAUUCAUAUUGUGGAUUUUGGCGAGAGUGGUCCUGUACGAUGUUUCCAAUGCAAAGCUUACAUAAAUCCUUUCAUGAAAUUUAUUGAUCAAGGAAGACAUUUCAUCUGUAACCUUUGUGGAGCUGCAAAUGAGACUCCCCGUGACUAUCAGUGCAAUUUGGGUCCUGAUGGUAGGCGUAGAGAUGCUGAUGAAAGGCCGGAGUUGUGCAGAGGAACAGUUGAAUUUGUUGCUACAAAGGAAUUUACUGUGAGAGAUCCAAUGCCUGCUGUAUACUUCUUUCUUAUCGAUGUGUCCUUGAAUGCCAUACAGACUGGUGCUACGGCAGCAGCUUGUAGUGCAAUCAGCCAAGUUAUUGGUGAUCUUCCAGAGGGCCCUCGUACUAUGGUGGGGAUCGCUACAUUUGACUCGACUAUUCACUUCUACAAUUUGAAAUGUCAGUUGCAACAGCCAAUGAUGCUUGUUGUCCCAGAUGUACAAGAUGUUUAUACUCCUCUUCAAACUGAUGUAGUGGUUCAAUUAUCUGAGUGCCGAGACCAUCUAGAGCUGUUGUUGGAGACUAUCCCAACCAUGUUUCAGAAUAAUAGAACUUCUGAUUCGUCUUUUGGUGCUGCAGUCAAGGCAGCCUUUUUGGCGGUGCAGAGUACUGGAGGCAAGCUCCUUGUUUUUCAGUCAGUCUUGCCAUCGGUAGGCAUUGGAGCCCUUUCAGCUAGAGAGGCAGAAGGACGGACAAAUAUAUCUGCUGGAGAGAAGGAGGCUCAUAAGUUACUCCAGCCUGUUGAUAAAACUCUGAAGACCAUGGCUAUUGAAUUUGCUGAGUACCAAGUCUGUGUUGAUUUGUUUAUUACCGCUCAAACAUAUGUAGACAUUGCUUCAGUAUCAGUCAUUCCAAGAACUACAGGUGGGCAGGUGUAUUAUUACUACCCAUUCUCUGCUAUUUCUGAUCCGGCUAAGCUUGCAAAUGAUCUUCGGUGGAACAUUGCUAGACCUCAGGGUUUUGAGGCCGUAAUGCGUGUUAGGUGUAGUAUGGGCCUUGAAGUUCAGGAUUAUUUUGGGAACUUCUGUAAGCGAAUACCAACUGAUGUAGAUCUACCUGCGAUUGAUUGUGACAAAACAAUUAUGGUAACUUUAAAGCACGUGGACAAAUUGCAAGAUGGGUCUGAAUGUGCAUUUCAGUCUGCUCUUCUUUACACAACUGUGUAUGGUCAAAGAAGAAUUCGUGUAUCGACUUUGUCUCUACCAUGCACCACCAUGUUGAGUAAUCUCUUCCGCUCGGCAGACUUAGAUACUCAAUUUGCUUGUGUGGCAAAGCAAGUGGCUAAUGAAAUUCCUUCCACUUCACUUGUUCAUAUGAGGGAGCAAGUAAACACCACUUGUAUCAACAUUCUGCACUCAUACCGCAAAUUCUGUGCUACCGUACAAUCAUCGACUGGGCAGCUCAUUCUUCCCGAGGCGCUCAAGUUAUUGCCUCUCUAUGUGCUCGCUCUGAACAAAAGCACGGGAUUGAGAACUGAUGGGCGUAUUGACGAUAGAUCCUUUUGGAUCAAUAAAGUUGCCCCUCUUUCUAUUCCUUUGACCAUCUCCCUGGUGUACCCAAGGAUGAUUGCUAUACAUAAUCUUGGCUCCAAGGAAAGUGAGGGAGAUCUGAUUCCUCCUACUAUUCCUCUUUCAAGUGAGCAUGUUAGUGAUGAUGGGAUCUAUCUUCUUGAAAAUGGUGAGGAUUGUUUAAUUUAUGUCGGAGGCAGUGUGGAUCAGGAUUUACUCAAACAACUUUUAGGCAUUACAUCCUUGGAGGAAGUUCCGUCGCAGUUUGUACUACAGCAGUUGGACAAUCCUCUGUCGAAGAAAUUAAAUGCUGUGAUGAAUGAAAUAAGGCGCCAAAGAUGUUCCUAUCUUCGGUAUCACUCUUUCCCCUGCAUUUUCUUCAUCUUUCUUUCAAGAUUAUGUCAGCAUGAUAGUUGAUAUCAUUUGGUGUAUUUCUAUCCUGGUUUGACUAUUCUGUUUUUCUUGUGCAAUUUAUGCAGCUUAAAGUUAUGUAAGAAAGGAGAUCCAUCAGGUUAGCGGAAGAUUGACUCUUUCUGAACUUUCUAGAGUUUUAGGUUUUGUUAGUGAUAAAUUUUUUCAAUCAAUUAUAGGUUUAUAUAAGCUCUAUGGGAAGUCUUAUUUAAUUAUUUUCCAUCAGUACUUCCAAAUUUUUUCCUUGUCUUGUAUCUUUUAUGCUUAACAUUAACCCUCUUGCUUGGUUUCUUUCUUCUUCUUUUUCCCCCCUUUCAGGAAUGUUGUUUUUCUCCCACUUGGUAGAAGACAAAACUCAAAGUGGGCUCUCAUAUGUUGAGUUUUUAGUACAUAUUCAUCGGCAAAUUCAAAGUAAGAUGGCAUAGUAACAUGCUUAUUAAAUUUUGUUCCCAAUUCUGAUCACAAUGGACAUUUAGCACGCGAAGGGCUUCAGGGGUUGUACCAUCUCAUAAAGGCGAAUGAAGAUUAAUUUUUCAGGUUGAGGGCAGGUGGAAUACUUUUGCUAUAGAGGUUUGUUAGUCAUGUAGAAUAGUGUCAAGCUCAGCGAAAAGGUGAAUAGAUUGUGUACUAAUAAUUUUAUUUCUUCAUCUAUAGAUUUGUUUUGAGUUAAAUUUCAGUAAAUUUUAGUCUCGAUGUACAAGAUGUUGAAACCGUAUUUUUGUUUUUGUUGGCUAGGUCAUGUAUACGUUGUAAACCUCCAAAUUAUUUUUGACUUGUAAAUUUGAAAGAUGAUGCUGGAAUCUUCCCCCCUCCCUUCUUCUUACACACAGUCGGGGGAAGAAGAAAAAUUGUCAUAUUUUGGGAAUUCCUAUAUUAUUGUAUUUUGCUGAAAGAACAUGUGCAUUUGCUGAAAGAACAUGUGCAAUGCAAAGUCAUAACUGAUAGCUACUGGGCUGAUGGUGCAAUCACGUUUUGUUUGGUGGUG